GAGCAUCCUCCGCUGCUUUCCGCUGGAGAUCAAGCUCAUUUUGGCCCAACAUCCGAUUUUUAUCGUCGCCUCCCCUGGGACGGACAACAGUCCCACUAGAUGGAACUACCGGGGGAACCUAGUUUUUUUUCCUACAAAAAAUUUACCAGAAGAUCCAAAAAGCGGAUCGAAAUUAAUAGGACUAGUCUUAGGAUGAAAAAUGCCCGGUGACAGGCACGGCAACGGUCGACGAACCGAUUCAUAUUUAGGAAACGGAGAAUGCCGAUCAUCAUACAAUGAAGGACCAUGAUGUGAACGCUUAUCCGCAUAAUCUAAGGUCGGUUUUCCAACAUUCUCAAAUAGAUUAAUUCGUGGGGGCCCACUAUAUUCAAAAAAAUCGGAUUCAGAACCACGUAAACGAGGAGGUCGAACCUGAGUCAAAUUCUGCAUUAUUUCACUAGACGAUGGACUGCCGUGCACUAUUACACCCGUGACGGGGCCUUUCAAUUGUUUAGGAGGCUUAUGGGGUUCAGAUUCAUAACCAGUCAAAGGUGGAUACUUACCACCAGAUAGAGUUUCAGAAAUCUUUGAUCCAGGUUGAGAAUAGUCGAUAGGUUCAACAACAACACUACUAGCUUUACCUUUAGAAUAUUUACCAGGCUUAUGGGGUUUAAAUUCAAUAGAAGAUAGAUGUUGUGGUAAAGUCUUGGUAUGCUUUGAAGUGGCACCUCCAUGUGGAUCAUCCCAAGGACGAUCACGCUUUUGUCCUAUUAAUGGUCGUUCGGGAUAACCCAACUUCCCUUUAGAAUCAUCCGAUCCGAUAUGUACAGUUUCAACAGAAGCAGAUUAUUUAUAAGACGGCUUAAACCAUUUGCCCAUUAAAUACAUACUGGCCACUUCCCCAUCCGUCCAAACCCAAGCACCAACACCACUAAUUAUAUGACCAAUUGUAGCAUCACUAUGUCCAGCAGAUUCCAAUCGAUCUUCAUGACACAUGCGAUCAUUAGCCAUCUGGAUCUGAAAUGCUUGUUCUUUAGCCAUUAUAGCCUGUCGAUUCGAAUCCUCAGUUUUCGAUUGAUGAUCAAACAAUCCCUUAGGAUUAUCCUGUUUAAUUUGCUCAACUUUCUUAAACAAUUCAAAUUCCUCCUUUCGUCAGUUCUCAUCGGCCUCCUUUUCUUUAUCAGCAUCCUCCUGUUUUCCCUUAUCAAUUUUGUCCUUGAUCUCAUUUUCCAAAUCUUCUAA